AAGCUUUGUAGGCUUGUAGCUUUAUAUCUACGCCCAUCAUCAUCAGCAUCAUCGUCUUCUUCGUUUCUUCUUCUUUAAAACAUUCAACAAAACCCAGAAGCAAGAAGAUAGGAGCCUCCGACGCCAUGUCCGUGAAGAAAACUCUCUCUCUAACCAGAGAGAAGGCCGGCAAAUCCGCCAUGUCCGCCAUGCCCGCCAAGAAGACCCUCUCCCUCAACGCCAGCAACAGAGUGUCCUCGUCGGAACCUAUAGGCGCCAGCAACGAUGCCGCCGUCGUCGCGAAGAGGAGGCGCACGGACAGGUGCUUCUCGUUCAUGGAGAUAAACAUCGAAAAGCCGGCGGGCUCGACGUCGCUGAAGGACGUCGACUCGAACAAGCUGAAGGCCGAGAUCAAGCGGUGGGCCAAGGCCGUCGUGAGGUACGCUCGCCAGGUGAGCGACCGCUUCGCGAGGUCGAGCUCCAAUGUGAGUGGCUGAUCAUGAAUGCUGGAGAUCCCAAGUUAUCGUUUUCUUCAUGGAGGGACAGAGACGAGCGAACCGUGGCUAAUUGAGCAUGGUUACUUCAAGGAGAAUUGAAGAGGAAGGAAAGUGAUUGGAUGGGGACAUUUGAGCCACUGUGAUGGAUUUUGUGUACAUACUUUGGAAACGAAUAACGAUGUAAAUGAGAUUAUGGAGACUUUGAUUCUUGGAAAAAGAGAGAUCAUCGGUGUUUGUGAA